AUAUAUACCCAUUCCUUAUCUCUCUCCCAGUCACCCAGCACCACGCAUUUUCUCUCUGUACACUCUCACUCUCUUAAAAUUCCCACUAUCUCCCUUUUGUUCUUUUUAAUUUUUAUUUUCUCCCUCUUCUUUUAUCUAUUUUCUCGCUAGCCAAACGCUCUCUAAUACUUGAAAAUUUUAUACCCUUUUGUACCUUAUAAAAUCCACCUUCCCUCUCUCUUGUUCUGCUCAAUCCUACGACAACUUGCUACAUUGAACGCUAAGGUUUUUUCUUUUUUUGAUGAAACAGUAAGGUUGUUUUUGUUUUGAAACUGAAGACAUUUACCAAUGGCAAUGGAGGAUAACAAAGGUAACAAGAAGAGAGCCCGGGUAGACUCUGAGUAUUCUGAGUUAGAGGCUGAAGCCGUCUCCAAUUUAAAACUCGCUCGAGUCGACUCGGCCCAUGCGGGCCCUAACUGGCCCGAGGCUACCCACGUGGAACCCGACCCCAAUAACGGGGACGUUCGGUCGCCGGAGGCAAAGCGUAUCCAGGAGGAUCUGCUGAACAUCCUUGAUGAUUCGGACCCGGUCAUUGGACCUGACCCAAUUAUUCAAGGACUCGACUCGGUCAUCAAAAGCUUCGAAGAAGAGAUCCUAGUUCCGGCUCAGGUGCCGGUACCGGUAAUGACAUCGCAUUCCGGCGAGUCCCAGCCGGAGCUAGGAUUUCUUUUGGAGGCUUCGGAUGAUGAAUUGGGUUUGCCGCCGAGUUUUUCGUCUCUUGAGGAGGAGCAGAAAUUUGGUACCGUUAAUGUGGAGGAAGGUGGAGGUUCAGGAGCCGCUGGAUGUGGGGAAAUGUUGGGGUAUGAAUUCCCGAUUCCGAGUUACGAAUCGUUUGAGUUGGAAAUCGGAGGUGACUCGGGUACCAACAACAAUCAUACAAAUAGCGUUGAUUUUGUGGUGUUAGGAGGCUUAUUCGAACCGACGGUAGAUAUUUCGGAGCUGACAUGGCGGUCCGAAUCGCUUUCCGCAUUGUAGAAAAAAAUUGACGAAACAAUCGAAACGUUUCAGUGCCGUUUCGUAACGUUUCGAAUUGUUGAGAUGGAGAUAGUAUGUUGUAAAUUUAGGGUAAUUAUUAAAGUAGGAAGUAAAUUGAAAAGAAAAUGCAAAGUAAUAGAUGUGAAAAUUUCUGAAUGAAACAUAGCAGUUGUUAUGCUUAACAAAGUUACUAGCAAUUUGUUGGAUUUAUAAAUGAUACGAAAGAUAAUUGAAAAUAAUUGGAUUCUUGGAUUUAUAUUUUUCUUCCCUUGUAAAAUUGGAGUUAAAUCACCCCAAUUAAGAGCAAGGAUAUGCAACCGUGAUGAUACGCUAUAUGAACCCAAAAUAAAAGUCUUCGGCCAAAUAAUUCAAGUCUAAGCCGAUGAUUGUUAGUGUUAUAUUUUUUUU